AUGUCGCAACCUAAAUAUAUCCAAACAAUAUCAUCGAUUCCCAAGGAGAACUUCCUCUUUGGACCUUCUCCCAUUUCUUAUCUCCCUGGUUUGACCAAACAUCUAGGAGGUGAAGUGAAGAUCUACGCAAAGAGGGAAGAUUGUAAUUCUGGUCUAGCUUAUGGUGGUAAUAAAGUCAGAAAGCUCGAAUACCUCGUAGCUGAUGCCAAGUCCAAGGGAUGCGACACUUUAGUCUCCGUUGGUGGUGUACAAUCUAAUCACACAAGAGCUGUUACAGCUACUGCUGUCUCGUCCGGACUGAAAGCCGUCACUGUACAGGAGAAAUGGGUUCCAAUCGAUCCACCUCUUUACGCUGAGACGGGCAAUAUCUUACUUUCAAGACUUAUGGGAGGAGACGUCAGACUCAAUCAAGAAACUUUUGAUAUCGGUCAUAAAGCCGCUACUGAAGCUGCUUUCAAAGAUGUUCAAGAUAAAGGUGGAAAGCCAUACUACAUCCCAGCAGGAGCCUCUGAUCAUCCAUUAGGUGGAUUGGGAUUCACCAACAUGAUAAUUGAAUUGGCUGAACAAGAAAAGACCUUGGGAAUAUUCUUCGACACGAUCAUUAUUUGUUCAGUAACAGGCUCAUCUCAUGCUGGUACGGUAGUGGGUUCAAUCGCAGAAGGGAAAGGAAGGAAAGUCAUUGGAAUAGACGCUUCUGGGAAACCUGAAGCUACCAAACAACAAGUCCUUAGAAUAGCUCAAAAUACGGCUAAAUUACUCGAUGAAGAUUUGGUCAUCGAAGAGGAGGAUAUCAUAUUGGAUGAUAGAUUCCAUGCUGGUAUUUACGGUAUCCCAGAUGAUGAAACUAUUUCAGCUAUGAAACUCGGAGCAAACACAGAUGCCUUCAUCACCGAUCCAGUAUACGAAGGUAAAUCUUUAGCGGGAAUGAUCAAACUCAUCCAGGAAGGAUCUAUCAAACCUGGAUCAAACGUUUUAUACAUUCAUUUGGGUGGUCAACCUGCUCUUAAUGCUUAUAGUUCUUACAUCCCUCAUUAG